CCCAGCCUCGCUCCGCUCUCGGGCCGGAUCCAGCCGUCCAGGCUCGGGAACAAAGGGAAGCGGCCCCGGGGCUGCAGCCGUGAGGCUGAACGGCCGCUUCGCCUCACCUCGCUUGGCCUCUCUGUUCCGCAGAUGAGCAUUCUACAUCACUGCCCUAAGCCAGAGCCAGCAACUACAGCACCUUCCAGAUCUGGCCCUUCCCUCUGCCCCACUACUGAGGUCCAGCUCUUUCUCCCACCUUCCCGACGUCACCAAUGCGACCAUGGGAACUGGUAGUGAAUAGGCGGCCACCCUCAGCCCCCUUCAACCAGCGCCGACUCUCCGGGGGACCUUGCAGUACCCCAGCACACCUCAGGCGAAGCCCCCCUGCCCGGCGCCAGUGGGGACAACGAGACCACCCUUUGCCCAGCUUCCUCACCCAGGAUGAAAGCUUCCUGUCGACGGCAUUCCCCCCCCAGCUGCAGCCUCAGCACCUCCCCAUAGAGGAGCCUCGCGCCUUUGCCCUCGCCGGCACAUCACCCCGAAUGCUCCACCCGGCUGCCCAGCAGACCCCAUUCAUGGUUGAUCUCCACGAGCAGGUGCACCAGGGGGCUGUCCCUCUGUCCUACACAGUCACCACGGUAACGACCCAAGGCUUCCCCCUCCACACGGGCCAGCACAUCCCUGGGUGCAACACGCAGCAGCUCCCAGCAUGCUCCGUGAUGUUCAGCGGGCAGCAUUACCCCCUCUGCUGCCUCCCACCCCCUUUGAUCCAGGCGUGUGCCAUGCAACAGCUCCCCGUUUCCUACCAGGCGUUCCCCCCCCUCAUCUCCAGUGACCAUUAUAUCCUGCACCCACCACCACCAGGGCCACCCCACCAGGCUACCCACAUGGCACCACUGGGCCAGUUUGUCCCCCUCCAACCUCAGCACCCUCGAAUGCCCUUGCAGAGGAUAGACAAUGACGUGGACCUUCGAGGGGAGCAGCACCCCAUUGGGGGCUUCACAUACCCUGCCUCCCACCACACCCCAGCCCUCUCCCCCUCUGUCCCCUUGCAUUACCUCCCUCAUGAGCCCCUGCACCAGGAACUGCCAUUUGGCGUGCCAUACCCUCAUAUGAUGCCCCGGAGGCUAAGCACCCAGAGAUACCGACUGCAACAGCCUCUACCCCCACCGCCGCCACCGCCACCCCCGCCGCCACCCCCACCCCCACCACCAACCUAUUACCCCAGCUUCCUGCCAUACUUCCUCUCAAUGCUUCCCAUGUCCCCAACGGCUGUGGGCCCUACGAUCAGCCUGGACCUGGAUGUGGAUGAUGUGGAGAUGGAGAAUUAUGAGGCAUUACUGAACCUGGCAGAGAGGCUGGGAGAGGCCAAGCCCAGGGGACUCACCAAAGCCGACAUAGAACAGCUUCCGUCCUACCGAUUCAACCCUGAGAGCCACCAGUCAGAGCAGACGCUGUGCGUCGUCUGCUUCAGUGACUUCGAGGCCCGGCAGCUUCUCCGAGUCCUCCCCUGUAACCAUGAGUUCCAUGCCAAGUGUGUCGACAAGUGGUUAAAGGCAAACAGGACCUGCCCCAUCUGCCGGGCAGAUGCCUCAGAAGUGCACCGGGAGGCCGAGUGAGCUCGGUCCACAGCCCUGGAGGCCCAGAGGAUCUUGGGCACAUGGCCCAGGAGUGGGGGAGGGGCCCAAGCUCUGUACCCCCCUCCCUUGUUUCCCCGGAGCCCCUCCUUGGAUUGGCUAAGAAGCCGGACAGUGUCAGACCCUGGACUCCCACCCACUCUGGGCCAGGCCAGGCCAUAGCCACCUGUUCCCCCAGAGCGGGGUCUGGGCUCUGGCCAGUCCUGCCCUCGAGGAGAAGAGCUGCUACCCACAUGUUUACCAGCCUCCAAAGACUCCUCCCACCUCCUCCCACUGCUGCCACUGCCGCCACCGCGGGGCUGCCUCAGUAUUUGAAACUCAUGGAGUUUCCUGCUCGGGUCUGUCUCAUUUUGCCUCUUGUUUCUCUCCCCUCUGCCCCAGUCCUCCCCUCCCUCCCUCAGGGCAGGCCAUCCUCAGAGAUCUGGAGGCUGCUGCCCCUCCACACCGGCUGGCUUCUCCCUCCCCACUCCACCAGAGGAGCUCCUGGUUUCCUCCCUCCCUUUCUUCCUCCUCCUUGCAAAGAAUGCAAGAGAACAUGGAGGACCUGGUGGCCAGAUGGGGCGCUGGCCGUCCCUCCCCCCAAGCAGGUGUUGGGGUCUGCCCCACAGGGAAUAGGGCCCAAGCCGCUGUGGCAGGGUCGAUGCCACUGGGUUCCUGUCUGCCCCAAUGAACUUUCUUUUGCACUGAAAUGGGGUUGAUUCUGGCCAGCACCAGCCUGCCUGUCUGCCUAGUUUCUGGGGACCAGAGGGGAUAGCUGCAGAAAUGUCUCGUGUCUCUCUCGCCCAUGGGGCAGGGCAGGGCAGGGCUGGGGCAGCCAGGGGAAGACUUCCCCACUCCCCGCAGCAGCCACAGCUCUGGAGGAUUCCCUCCUCCCCCUGUCACGGCCUUGGGUUCGGAAAGGAGAAGUCUGUUCUCAGCCCGUCCUUGCACCUCCCCUGGGCCCUUGGAUCGGGGCAGGAAGGCCCUUAUGCCUUCUCUUACCCCUAGGGUUACCCAGCUGGGAGGUGGAGGAAGGGAGGAGAAAGGAGGUAUAGGAGAGCUGAACACCAUCCUCACUCCCUCCCCUUCUCCCCAGUCACUACAUUCCAGCCCAGGCCGGCCUCCACAGCCUCCCCCAGCGCCAGGGCAGUAGAGAAUCCAGGCUGGCUCUGGAGGCAGCUGGAAAGAUUGUCCAUCUUGGGGCAACCAACAGACAGCAAAGCGCUAGAGCGGAGGGGAGGCCUUCCCUUCCUCUCAAGGUGAGCCGGGGCAUCCCCUUGCCCCAGGAGAAUGUGUGCCCUGGGCCCGUCCCCGUCCCGGAAUGGGAAUGGUGCAUGGGGAGGGCCGCCCAGUCCUCCGGAACAUGUCAUGGGGCUCCCGGCAGGGGCAGGAGGAGAGGAGAGCUGUCCCCCAGCUCCUAGAUUUCUCCCUGGCCUUUUUGCAUGAUGUGUUAAGCAGCAGUUUUUUUCCAAAA